AUGUUCUUUGGCUUCGGAACAUGUGGUCGAGGGUUAGGAAUGGGAAAAUGUGUGGUAUUUUUGAGUGUAGUUGAAAAUCUUGCCAUAAGGAAAUCUGUGACGGUCAGUAGUAGAUACAACAAUGGAUACUUUGAACCAAGCAAAGCCGUAGACGGAGAUAAAAGUGCAUACCUCCUGGACUGCGCACUGACAGCUUCCGGUCAGAAAGAGGCGUGGUUAACUGUGGAUCUCGGGGAUAAUAAAAAUAUUGCAUCAAUAUCAAUCUUACAUGGGGGUUUUGGUCUUGGUGCAUUCUCACUAAGAACAUCUGACUCUGGUCUCUUUCCUGAUUCAAAUGGAGACGGAGAAGUCUUUGCUGCUAGUCCAUUGAGAAAGAUUUGUUUGGAUAGCUUUGAUGAAAAGGAUGCCCAGGCCGUUUGCCUGGCUUGGGGAUUUAUACCGGAUAGUACCCUAUUUUACAAAUCUAAGAAUACCGCAUCGGCUCCAUUUUAUGAAAGUGUCUUGAACUGUGCAGGCAAUGAAGUUAGCAUAAAUGCAUGUCCAAAAGGAUCACGUGGCUGCCCAUCAGGAUCACAAGUAGCUGUUAAAUGUAAAAAAGGCAGCACACUCUCUGGAUUUUCUGUGUAUGUAUCUGAUACAGAAGACUGGAGGUCAGGAACUCUCUGUUAUCAACACGACAAACAGCAAAUACAACCUACUGAGGUCUCCAUAGACUGUGUCACUUACGGUCGCUACGUCACUGUUUACAAUGCAAGAAAUUUAACAUCAUUUCCUAAUGUAUCCGAAUUUUCCUAUAUAAAUAUAUGUGAAAUCGAAGUUAAAGGAUGUGACCUGGGAUUUUACGGAGAAAACUGCACCAGGUGUCCUCAGAACUGUUUGAAUAACACAUGUCACUCUCAGAUUGGAGAAUGUUUUGAGUGUAUCGAUGGAUACACUGGACAGUAUUGUGGAACAGAAUGCCAAGCUGGUAAAUAUGGAAAAGCAUGUUCUGUCCAAUGUGGACAGUGUAUCGAUGAUAAACAGUGUAACCACGUGAAUGGAUCCUGUCCUGGGGAGUGUUCUCCUGGAUGGAGAGGUGAUAAAUGUGAUCAAAAAUGUGACCAAAGUUUCUAUGGACGACAAUGUAACAUGACAUGCAGUGAAUUCUGCAGGGGAAGACUCUGUGAUCCUACAACAGGUCAAUGUAAUAACUGUGUUGAUGGCAGAUUAGGAUUCUUCUGUGAAUCAGAAGUUGCGGUUGCUGUUGACAAUUCUUGUGCAUAUGCAGACGGAAACACAUGGGACACACCGCCUCUGAUCGCCGUUGGAUUGCUAUCUGUGGCUGUGAUAUUGUUGAUAGCAAUAUUGCUUGUCUGUUUUCUGAAGAAAAAACACCAGUCCUCUAAACCUAACAAGAACAACCCUAACUACCAAUUAGCCAUAUCAAGAAAAGACAACAACGAGUAUACUGGUAUCCAUGCGGCCAAAUCUGCUGAAUAUACAGAUGUGGAAACGUCUCAUUAUAUGGAGAUAGGAAACUCAAAAAUCAAAACCAAAACGGACCGGUUACCUCUCAAUUCUCAACAAUAUGAAAAUCUUGCCAUUAGGAAAUCUGUGAGGGUCAGUAGUAGAUACAACAAUGGAUACUUUGAACCAAGUAAAGCCGUAGACGGAGAUAAAAGUGCCUACAUGCUUGACUGCGCACUGACAGCUUCCGGUCAGAAAGAGGCGUGGUUAACUGUGGAUCUCGGAGAGAAGAAAAAUAUAGCAUCAAUAGCAAUCUUACAUGGGAGUUUUGGUCUUGGUGCAUUUUCAUUAAGAACAUCUGACUCUGGUCUCUUUCCUGAUUCAACUGGAGACGGACAAGUCUUUGCUGCUAAUCGAUUGAGAAAGAUUUGUUACGAUAGUUUUGAAGAAAAAGAUGCCCAAGUCGUUUGCCUGGCUUGGGGGUUUUUACCGUAA